GUUGGUUCUUUGACGUCCUCCUGGCGGCAGAAGGCAAGGCAGUUGCAUACAACAAAACAUGUGCAGCUUUCUUCUUGUGAGUUGGAUUCUUCGGAAUCUGAGUGUCAUAAACACGUAUCUCAAGGCGCGAGGACCAGAUGCCACAUACCUCUACAAGAAAGAUGCGCCGGCGCACUGGGAACUGCUGUUCAACCAUCUGCAUAUGACAGGGGCAGAAAGGUGUUAAAGGUUUUACAAGGUUCUUCUUGUUGUCAGUGCGAUUAUCUACUGCUAAGGUCUGCAGAAGUGUCUCACUUGCAUGCAUGCUACGGAAAUUAUGUGAAAUAUUAUCGAUUGAGAUUUCGUCAAUGUUGAUGCGUGGUUAGCGUUCGUGUUGAUCUUACAAUAUCUGAUCACAUGCUCUAUCAGGCCACAGCCGUUCUGGGGCGAGUCGGCUUUCGCUACGUUCAAUGGAGAGAUCUAUAACUGGGCCGAGUUAGCGAACGAUCUGCAGGAGAACAGUGAUCAUGAGGACGAUGGCAAUACUAGCAAUCAAGGAGAGCAUGAGCAUACUCAACAUACCGGUAGUACCGGUUCAUCUUCAACAUCUUCGACCACAGCAUCGUCUCUACGAAUUCGGUCAGAUGGAGACGUCAUUCUUCCGAUGUAUCGCCGAUACGGUCCUAAGUUUAUCCAGAGGCUCGAUGGGGAGUUCGCCAUUGUCGUCGUGGACCUGGCGAAGCAGUUGGUCAUCGUUUCCACUGACGUUUUCGGGACCAAACCUCUCUACAUCAGUGCGUUUGCUGUCUCUUCGGCACCUGCGGGACGAGAGUUUUUUGAGGAUACGAAUACGAAAGCCACAGGAACAGAAGCGCUUAGUAGUAGUAAACGAGAAGAUGAUGUGGUUGUGGACCACAAGGACAUCAGAACAAAAUCAUCAAG